UGCGUGACGUCACAGAGUGUUACGUUUCCAGUGGAAGUUGAGUGGUGAGGUGUAUUUCGCAUACGUGAAUGCGGCGCCCAAUACACACACACCGCGCUCACCCGAUAUUCCGAAAUUUCCAUUCGUUCACUCGUCAAUGUGGCGCGCUUUGGCACAAACGGCAUUCCGAGCGGCAGACAGGUCACCAGUAGCGGGAAUACUGCCCAAAUUACACCCACCCACAACGCUGACGCAGCACCAGCAGUUGCGACAUUCCAAGGCCACUCAAGCAAAACAGCAACCACCUUACAAAAUCGGCAUUAUGAGUGGAGUGGAGAAGCCAAAGGUUGUCUUCGUUUUGGGAGGCCCGGGAGCUGGAAAGGGCACCCAGUGCUCCAAGAUAGUGGACCGCUUCCAGUUCACCCAUUUGUCGGCGGGGGAUCUGCUGCGCGAGGAGCGUUCCCGCGAGGGCUCCGAGUUCGGGAACCUCAUCGAGGAUUACAUUCGCAAUGGAAAGAUUGUGCCCGUGGAGGUCACGUGCUCGCUGCUGGAAAACGCCAUGAAGGCGUCGGGAAAGUCCAGGUUCCUCAUCGACGGCUUCCCGCGCAAUCAGGAUAACCUGGAUGGCUGGAAUCGCCAGAUGUCCGAGAAGGUGGACAUGCAAUUCGUGCUCUUCUUCGACUGCUCCGAGGAUGUCUGCGUCCAGCGGUGCUUGGGACGUGGCCAGAGUGGCACUGGACGGACGGACGACAAUAUGGAGAGCCUGAAGAAGCGCAUCUCCACGUACAACAACGAUUCGCUGCCCAUCAUCAAGUUCUUCGAGGGCGCCGGCCAGGUGAAGAGGAUCGAUGCCAGUCCGGAUGCGGAUGCCGUUUUCGGGGAGGUGGAACGGGUGUUCCUCGCCAGCGGCUUCUAGAUUUCAUGUAGCAUCUUUGUGUGCUGUCUUUACUCUUCAAUUUGUACUCCUCCUAAAAAUAUAUACGCUUGUUAUUAGUAAAACGGAA